ACUUCUGUUUGAAAAGAGCAAGUCAUAAUCAGGGAGAAGCUGUCCAACAACAGACAGGGGCAUACACGGUAGAAGGAGCACAACACGUUUGAAACCAUGGAAGCCACAGAGUCUGCAGUGAAUCUCUGCUGUUUCUAACAUUUUGAGUGUACCUAUGUUUCUAUGUGUUUCUUCAUUCUUGCAGGCGGAGACAUGGCACCAGAUUCUGCCAAAACCUGGAAAGUGAGAAGAAGCCAGCAAAACAGAGGAUCACUGUGAAGAGGAUGAGAGAAACUGAAGAACCACACUUUGAUGAGUGAUAAUGCGGGAUCACACGUCCAGCGCUAAUGUGGAGGAGCUGCUGAGGCAGUCUCAGAUGGAGUUGCAGUGGAUCCAGAGACAGCUGGCCAUGAUCGCUGCCAGAAACUUACACCAUCAUCACCUGCACAGCAAGGGCAAGUUAAGGUAUGAGGUUUCAUCCCAGCAAGCUACAGGCCACUCAGUCUACCAUGUGACCCGUUUCCGACUGCUGGAAGAGAGAAACCGAGCUCUGAAGCUUGAAGUAGCCACACUUCGCCAAGAGAAACAGCAGUAUAGGAAACUGAAAGCAAAGCUCCAUGCUGCCUUGCAAGAGAAAAAUCGUCUGAACCUCGAGCUAAUCAACCACCACCUGAAGGCAUCUAAAUAUGACCAGGUGCGCUCAGACUAUGACCAGCUGAGACAGACCUUUGCUGUAGUGAGCCAGGAGAGAGACGUGGCCCAGCAGCAGAGGAGCCAACUCCAAGGCAAAGUGGAAAACCUGGAACAGGUUCUAAAGCAUAUGCAUGAGGCUGUACAGCUGAAGCAGCAGCUGCAGAUAGAGCAUGAGCAAGCCUUGGUGGCCCUUCACACCAAGCAGAAGGAGAUCAAUCAACUGCAUAAGGCUCGGGUGCAAACUGACCAAGAGCAUGAGGAAGCAGUACACCUGUUAGAGGUCAAGGUUCGUGACCUGGAGCAGAAAUGCAGGUCACAGAGUGAACACUUCCACCAGCUGUCCAAAGAGCUGCUGAAUUUCCGUUUGCAAUCAGAUACUGUGGACGUCCUUAAAAUUAAUCCCACUUCCACAUCCCAGAUCCUGCUCUCACCAGACAAGAAACUCCCACAAGUCACCAUUGGAUUUGAAGCCCAACCAGGAACAGGCGAUGAGAGCGCAGCAAACACGCCGCUACUGAUCUCCCAGUUAUUGCCCUGUACGCCAGAGACUGGAGACAGAGAACGACCAGAAUUGUCUGUCAAAUUGAGCACCGUGACAACGGACUGCCCCAACAGCCCUCGACAGCUGACCCCAUCAGAGAUGGAGGAUGAGGCCAGCCCAUCACCUAGGUCCAAGCCUCGCUACACAGGCCAGGUCCGCCUUUGCACUGCCCGCUACAGUUACAACCCUUACGAUGGACCAAACGAGCACCCUGAGGCAGAACUCCCCCUUGUGGCUGGGAAGUAUCUGUACGUGUAUGGAAACAUGGAUGAUGAUGGCUUCUACGAAGGGGAGCUGCUGGAUGGCCAGCGAGGACUUGUCCCUUCCAACUUUGUGGAGUUCGUCCAGGACAAGGAAAAACCAGCAAGUCAGGCUGGGGAGGGAGGGGAAAACCUGGGCCCACUGGACCAUACACCUCUUGCCUUGAUGGCAGUGGAUGGAGGUGCCUCCCAGGAUGGCCUCCUGAGCUCAGCUAAUGCCUUGGUUCCCUGUAGCAAUGGGACAGGCGGACCCCUUGACCCUGAGGACCUGGCUGAAGAUGUUGUGCCUUAUCCCCGAAAGAUCACCUUGAUCAAGCAGCUGGCACGGAGCGUCAUUGUGGCCUGGGAGCCUCCACUAGUGCCUUUGGGCUGGGGGAACAUCUCUGGCUACAACGUGUUAGUAGACGGAGAACUUCGUGCCAGUAUACAGUACGGUGGCCGGACCAAGUGUUUGCUGGAGAAGCUGGACCUGGACAGUUGCGUUCAUCGCGUGUCUGUGCAGUGUGUCACCGACCGGGGCUUGUCAGACGAGCUGCGGUGCACCUUGCUGGUGGGUGCCAAUGUAGUGGUUGCGCCGUGUGGUCUGCGGGUGGAUGACAUCCAGCGCGACACUGCCGAGCUAUCCUGGUUGCCCAGCAACAGUAACUAUGGUCACACCGUGUUCCUGGAUGGGGCAGAACAUGCAGUGGUAAAGCCAGGAAGGUAUAGACUACGUUUCCUAAACCUGAAGCCCCUUACAGUGUACAAAGUGACGGUGGUGGCACAGCCGCACCAGGUGCCAUGGCAACUGCCGCUGGAGCAGAGAGAGAGGAAAGAAGCUGGUGUGGAGUUCUGCACUCAGGCUGCAGGCCCUCCCCUGCCUCCUCAAGAUGUACAGGUGCUCUGUGGGCAGGCUCCAGGGGUCCUACAGGUCUGCUGGAAGCCCCCAGUCCUCUCCCCCACAGGCACAUCUAAUGGGGCUAAUGUCAUUGGCUACGCAGUAUGCACUAAAGGACAGAGGAUAGCUGAGGUGUUGUACCCAAUGGCAGACUAUGUUACUGUCGAGCUGACAAGGAUUCAGUGCCUGGAGGCCAGGGAAGUCAUUGUCAGGACUCUGUCAGUACAGGGAGAAUCCCAGGACUCCCAAGUCGCCGUCAUUCCAAACAACCUGCUUGUGCCUCUACCUCCGCUUCCCCUGCCACCACCAAUGCACCCCCAUGCAGGCCCCCCUCCACACCCCCAUGCUCAAGCCCACCUCCAAUCCCCUCACCUUCCCCUUGCCACGCCCCAACUUCCUGCUCCACCCCAGGCACAUGGACAGCCACUCCCGCCCCAUCCUCCACACCCUCAAGCCCAACCGCGACUCCCCCACCAAGGCGGACUCCCGCAACCCCAUCUCCGACCCCCACAUCCUCAGUCCCAGCCUCUACAUCUUCAACCCCGCCCACCCCACCCACCCCAUCAAGGUCCCAGGCCCCAGCACCAACUGCCUCUGCUACCCCACCCACAACCCCACCCUAUACCUCAGAGACCAGUAAGUGCCAGAGACCUGGAUACCAAAGAGCAUGCGGCCCACCAUGGGGGAGCUAUUCCACCAGGCCAGCCCGGUUGGGACCCCACUCGCUCUCCCUCCUCCCAGCCUCCGGUGCCCAUGCAAGGUCACACCCUCGAGGCCCCUCCCCCCGCCAAUCCACGUUCCCCUUCACCCCAGAGGAUUCUUCCGCAGCCCAGGGGCACCCUUAUCCCGGACACCGUGGCCAAAGCCAUUGCCCGAGAAGCAGCGCAGAGGGUGGCAGCAGAAAGUGGCAAGGGGGACAGGAGGCAAGGCAGGUAUGGAGAGCAGGGUCAUUCAUUUCACCAGCAUCACUCUGAUGAAGAAGAGGAAGACGAGGAAGGGUUUGCGCGCGGGCGUCGGAGAGGACCUUCAGUCGAUGAGUUCCUCAGAGGCUCUGAGCUGGGGAGGCCGCCUCACUAUAGUCACAAUGAAGAUUAUCACAGCGAAAGCAGCCGGGGCUCUGACCUGUCUGACAUCAUGGAAGAGGAUGAGGAGGAGCUGUACUCUGAGAUGCAGCUGGAAGAGGGACGCCGACGCAACUCGCACAACACACCCAAGACAAACACUCCUGCUGGAGGCCGUCAUGACCGGGAGACCGGGAGAAGAAUUCAUCAUGGUGGUCCCCAACCUCAGAGACGACCUCUAACGGUCCCUUCCAUUGAGGUAACCUCUGAGAAUAACAGUGAGGGAAACCUCUCCCCCAUCACCGAGGAUGUUUACUAUGGCAGAGUAGUUCGGCACAGGACAUGGUCAUCCCGCAGGCACAUGGGCGGCAGCAGGUCUCCCCAUGAUGGAUACAGGGAUCGGGAUCGCCGCUCUCCCACGUACUAUGAUGAGUCAGAGCCUGAGGAAUCCUUCCGGAUCUUUGUGGCCCUCUUUGACUACGACCCCCUGUCCAUGUCCCCUAACCCAGAUGCAGCAGACGAGGAGCUGCCCUUCAAAGAGGGGCAGAUUAUUAGGGUGUAUGGAGAUAAAGAUACAGAUGGGUUUUACAGAGGAGAAGUGAGGGGCAGGAUGGGUCUCAUCCCCUGUAACAUGGUGUCAGAGAUCCGAGCGGAGGACGAGGAGACCAUGGACCAGCUCAUUAAGCAGGGCUUCCUACCACUCAGCACCCCUGUGGACAGAAUAGAACAGAACAGACGAGGCCUCCGUCGAGAUCAGGCCUCGAGGAGGAUGGUGGCUCUGUACGACUACGACCCCCGAGAGAGUUCCCCUAAUGUUGAUGUCGAGGCUGAACUGACCUUCUGUGCUGGUGACAUCAUCGCUGUGUUUGGAGAUAUCGAUGAAGACGGAUUCUACUAUGGUGAGAUCAACGGCCACCGCGGUCUGGUUCCCUCUAACUUCCUGGAAGAAGUGCCUGAUGACGUGGAGGUGUAUCUGACCGAUACUCCGUCCCACUACCCCCAGGAAGAGCCUGCCAACCGGCCACCUGCCAACUCUGCCGCCACCGUCUCAGAGGGCAAACGGGUCACCACGGAAACCACCGAAACGGCCGACAAUGACACCAUGCCCAUCCGAGCGCCCUCCCCGAUCGUACGCCCCCUCUUGCCGGGCACCAUGAGGCCCCUCAGCCCCACGAGGGGCCCCCACGUCCCUCUAGGGGACCCCCGGGACCAUCAAGACCUGGCAAACAAGAAGAAGAAAGGACUACUUUCCAAGGGGAAGAAACUGCUGAAGAGACUCUCCCCCGUGAAAUAAUAACAAAAAGAAGCAUACAUGUACAAUAUGUGCACAUGCUGGGCUCUGUAUAUUGCAUCCAUACAAUCAACUCUGUUCCAACAACAUAUGACAGAGAGGAUGUGAGCUUUGUCUCCUGGACUGCGUGAGCCUAUUUGAAUAUAACCAGUGAUACAAUUAUUCAUGUUCGGUGAUGGAUACAGAUCAACUGAAUUAUGUACAGUGCAGUGCCAAAAUCAAGAGAGAGGUCACCUGCAGACACAAGAACAUAUUACUGUGAUGUAUUUUAAAUCAAGGGAUGAUAAAAAAAAAACAACAAAAAAACAAAACAAAACAAAAAACUAGGAUUUUCAUGACAAGUAUUUUUCUCAUUUCUUUAUCAUUAGUCAAAUAAACUUUAUAUUUAUUUCAAGCAGGGUAGCUGUGAAAACAGAGUCUGGUUACAUGUAAGUUUCCAACAGGCUUUUCUCAGCCAAAAAAAAAAAAAACAUAACUUUUUCUGUAUGAGUAUUGAUGUCACUACAAGGAGACAGACACCAUACUCCUCUAAGAAAAUCUCAAAUAGACUACACUGUUAUUGAGGCAUUCCAUGAAGUAAUGCUGGCUGCUAACACAAAGGCUUUAUUCAGUGCAAUAUCAUAGAGAGUUGGUAGCAUAUGUGGGGAGAAAAGAAAGGUUUCCACUUGUACCUGUGAUUCAGCAGAGAGGAGUUUUCUGUGAUGAAAGGAAUAUGAAGGGGAAAAAAAGAAUAGGAGAUUGGCAACAGGGCAUUAAAGUCAGAAACACCAGGCAAGCUUAGCUGUCCCAGUGGCCUUUAUGAAAACAAUAUGAGCACGACAUUCCUCGUUUGAUUACAAGGCUGAUUUACACCAGGUUUUUGAUUUAUGACGGGUUGCUUGUGCUUUGUCAUUUAUGGGAAUCAAACAAGAGCAGAAGUGUUUGUUGUCCCUGCCGUCACACUGUCAUGAAACGCCUAGUUCAAGACAAAAUUUUGUGUCUGUCUUCCUAUUGCACAAAGGUGAGUGAUUUGUCUGAUGAUUGGUGAACGAACAUGCUUUGCGUGCCUGUGUGUGUGUGUUUGUAUGUAAGGCAGUGUGUGACGCAUUCAUGUUUCGUACCUUUCAUGUCUCUUGUUCACUUAUGUUUGUUUUUUUUUCCAGAAGGAGAGGCCAUGUAGUUAUUGGUCCUGUGAUCUAGUGAUGUGCUGCUACCUCCAUUGCCUGUGCACUGUUUGGUUUUGUUGUCUCAUGUUGAUAUAGAGGGCCAAUGUUAAAGCCUCAUAGAAACUACAACUCAAAAUGGCGAGGUGUGCAUUGUUUUCUGGUUCUGUUGCAUGUACCUGAGGUCUGUGGAGAGAAAUACUAACCUAUUUAUCUUGAGUAUACCUUUUGUAUCUGGUUACAUUUAUGCUCUACAUGACUUGUACUUAAGUACGGAAGGACUAUUUCAAACACAGCUUGGAUAGGGAAUGUGGUACAGAACAGAUUUUUAUUUUAUUCCUAUGAUCUUGGAUAAUUUAACAAUUUACAAAAUAAGCAGAUGCACUCAGAGAAUCUGGAGAGUGCAGACUCUGAUCAGUGAUGCCAAUAUUCUGUUGCUCCAUUUAGUUUGUUGACUCACUGAAUGUUUUAUAUAUUUAAUUGAGUCUUAAAAAACAAACGAACCUAUUUGCAUAAUGCCACUAAAAGAUUUGCGGCAGAAAAUGUGAUCAGAUCAGCAGGAACUAUGUAAUAUUCUGCGGGAUGUCACACUGACUGUCUAUUAAAUCAGUUUUUCAUUCGAUUUAUUGUCAGUGUAAAAGCUCCAAGAAAAGAUAGAUCAGGCUGCAUGGAGAGAGAAAAAUAUAGCACCUGAAUCUGAAUUAAGUGUUCUAUGUGAUUAGUGACAUUUUCUGUCAGCAUUUCACACUUUCAGUUUUUCAAAAUGUUAUUCGUUUUUACUUUGUUUGAAAGUAUUUUCUUUAAUAUUCAGGUCCAAUUCAGUUAAUACACUUUAUUGAAAUUCUUACAUUCAGCAUGAAUUUGCAACUUUCACACAUCUCACUACAACCUGAAUUUUAAAUUCAAAUACUGAAAAGUCUUUUGAUAGUUUUGGCAGACAGUUAUAUUCAAAAACCUGCAUCUUGAGGUGUUUUAUCAAAUUCUGUUUCUGUUUUUCAGAAUAAUCUGUUUUUGAUAACAUUGAGGUUAAUGAAAUCUGAACUUCAAAGACAAACUGCAGUGCUAACCUUCCAUCUCACUAAUCACAUAUAGUCACAGCACAUGAUUCAAAUGUAUUUAUCAAGUAGCCAAAACACAACUUAUUUACCUCUUUGUUUGCUUUCAAGGAGACAACCAUUAUGUGGGUUAAUUAUGGAAGAUUAUGGGAAUAAUGUUUUAAAUAUUACAUUGAAUUACUAAGAGAAAGAGUCUGCAUACUACACCAACAUUUUGUGUGCUGUUGUGGUGACUAAAAGUACUCAAUUACUAACUGGAGGGAUAGCUUUAAUAAUUCAACAAUCUCCCUGUUUAGUUCUAUCCUGUUAACCUCCAGUCAUCCUUUAUGUCAAGUUGCACUUGAAGGAUGAGUCAGAUAUGAGUUUAUUGUGUGAAAUGAUUCAUUAAUAUUACUGAUUAAAUGAAAUGAAAAGGGAAGAUAGGAAGAAUUCAGCUGGUUAUUUUUGUUCCAAAGCUGUUUAUGCAUAGUUUAUCAUUCAGUCUUUCACAAAGAUGAAAUGAUAUGGUGUCCCGAUACCAAAUCAUUCACUCAUGAAUGGGUGUAGUGUCUCUAUACGCUGUAGCUCUUUUAUACUUUGAUCCAUUUGUAGAUAAUUUAUAAAUGUUUCUACUUGAUUUUACGGCAGCCUUUUUUUUAGUGCACUGAGAUGUCCUCUCCCUGUAAAAGACUGCAAGCAUUCUCCAUAGUGUCCUUUGAAAUCAGAUGUAUCAGUCCACCGUAUGUGCUUGCUUUGUGAAUCAAAGUUUAAAAAAAAGAAGAAAAAAAAGAAAAAAGAGAAAUCAUUGGACAGUAUUUAUGGUGAUUAAUUAUGUGUGGGUGUGCAUGUGAAAAAAUACAACUUUUAUAACCAAAUUAAAUUUGAUAUUUUUUAGAAAA